GUUGUAGGACUACAAACGGAGUGUGACGUCAUCUCCUGCAGCCCCCUCGCUUGACAAAUAUUCAAAACGAUUGGCGGUGAGACUGACUGACUGCUGUGUUCACUGCAAUGGCUCUUCGCAAAUUUGUCAUUAAGUGUGGGAACUUUGCUGUGCUGGUGGAUCUCCACGUACUGCCCCUGGGCGGCCAAGACGACGCCAGCUGGUUUACUACGGACCACAUCGAGGAGGUUACAGCCCUGGUUCAAGAUGCUGUGGACCAGAGGGUUAAGCAGUACACAGAGUCCCUCCACAAUAGAAAACAGCUCAAACAGAAGAAGGAGCUGGCACCUGAUUCAGCAUUUUUUGUGAAAGGGAAAAAGUUCAACGUGGUUGCCAAUUUUCUGAAGCGGCACUUCAACCUCAGAUGUGUUGUCAAGCAGGUUUAUGGAGAUUUGCGUGUGUUUCCUGAAAGAUAUGUUGUGUGUGUGAGCUGUCCAGAGGAUGCCUCAGCACACCAUGGAAACCUGAGCCUGGCCGCGACUGAGCUGGGCGAACCGAGCAGAUCAGAAUAUUUUUCCAGAAUUGGAGAAACCCAAGAGCCUUUAAACAGCCCCACAAAAACAAAGAAGAUUGUGCUUCAAAAGAUAGCCAGACAAACUAGUGUCCAACAAGACCUUUGUGGUUCCAGCAUGGGGGAGCUGCAAAUUGAGAAAAAAGCCUAUUCCAAAGACCAAAGAGGGGAACUUGGAGGUGGAGAGUCAGAAUCAAGCCCAGAAGAGACUGUGUCCAGCUCUGGCCAGAAGGCCACCCCAGAGGCAGACGACAAGGUGCCCUGCUCCAGUGCCUUAACUGAAGCCAUGGCUCAUAUUGGGACUACUCGAAAGCAGGACCUGACCCGGGGGGAACAGACUGAGAAUAGUCCUCCAGACAACAUCAACCCAACUGGGGUCUCAGUAGAUUUCUGCCUACAAGAAAUCAGUCAGGAGAGCAGUAAGAACCAGAGGUACGAGCUGAGCAAUGCAGGGGAAGACCCUCACCCACAUAGGGCCAAGAGGACGUGCCUUGGAAGACCUCCAGCCACAACGCAAACUCACUCCACCGAGUGCUCCACACAAAGAUUCAAGCAUGACCUUCCUGCUCUGCCAUCCCAUCCUCCUGUUGAAGCCAAGGCAGAGUCCAAGGCUUUCCCAGUCUCCAAGUGCAAGAAAACCACACUGGAAGUAGAGCUGCUUACUCCAGGGAAACGUGCCCAGAGGCUCCCCCUCACAAGCAAUAACACGGCACAGACAAACCAAAACAGGCUGGCCACAAGUCUGAGGGGCCUAUCUGUCAAGCCUGCAUCCUCAGGCUCCUCUAUUAGUUCCAGAUCCACACUCGGAGAGGAGGGGAGUGAAAAUGUGCCCAGAACCUCCAGAUUACGACGACUGAAGAGGUCCCGAGGGGAAGAGACAAGCUACAGUAAAGAUGCCUGAUGCCACAGAGAUAGAGAGGAUAUUGUGUCAGGCUCUCUCAGAUGACUUGCAUUUGUACAUGUGUCAAAUAUUACUACAAUAUCUGUUCUUUUCCCAUGUGUGUACUGUACAGACAGUGCGCACACACACACAGAUCAAAUGCUGAACACAUUAUGGCAAUUGAUACACGAGCGUUUGAGUUACACUUUUUCAAAUACUUGAGACAGACUUUGCCUCCACCCAUAAGUAGUGGUGGUCAAGAAAGGCUCGCAAAUGAAAGUCAAAAAGCUUUAAUUGGAGUUUAGAUUUGGUUUUGUGUUAAAGAUUGAGGAUUUCAGACAGGCAGGAGCCAUGCAGUACGUCAUGGCUUGCAGUCUGAAAUACUGGCUCCUACGUGUCUGAAAACUGUCCCGUUUCCCCGCUGAAGCUCUGGUGUGAUUGAUUGCUGUUUCCAGAUUAAUUUCAUCACUCUGUUCUCAAGAAUGUCUUUUUGUAGUUAGAUUUCAUUCAUAUGCAAUUCGCUCAGUACUUAGUUUCUAAGCACCUGAAUUGUAUCUUUAAAUUUGAGGGUAUUAUGCAGCUUUUAUAUUGAACUUGAAACCAAAUAUGUGUGGGUAUAUGAGCAGUUUGGAAGUAUUAGUGGUUUUAUUUGGGACGUCUGCAGUAUCAAAGGUUAAAAUGUAGCUGCUGUCAUCGCCCCAACACUCGACUGGCCCAGGCCUGGAGAGAGCUUGGGGCAGCUAGGGGCCAAUAGUCACUCAUAUGAUGACAUACGAUAACAUAAUGUUGCCCAAAUACAUGAGUCCUGAUUUAUUUUUA